CUAGUUCUCUGUAUUAUAGCACUGCAUCAUCAUUGGCGGGGCUUAAACUUACACUUCUUUCCUUUCGUUUUUUCUUGGCAGCCUCUUACUAUGAAUCAGGAAAGGAGAAAAUGGAAGAUAUGAACCUGGUCAGUCUAAAAGGAAACAAUUCUGCUAGGGAACACUCGUCGUAUCAGCAAGAAUUGCAAGAACACGUCUCAGAAAUAGUGGACAAGGAGCGUUCCUCAGAAGAAAAGCCAUUUGAGUUGGAAAAAAAUGUGGAAGCUUCUGACUUUCCACGGCCAUCUCGGGAAGAACCUGUUGGGGAGAUCGCAAAACUUAGCUAUGCUUCCAUAGUAUGCGGACCUAAAGGAAAAUCUACACCAUCUGCUAGUGUGCCGCCACCCUUUACCAAGGGCACACCACCACCUCCAGAACGGAAACCAGUUCUCCGCCAGUCAAAUCCUUUCUCAACGGUUUUACGUGAUUACAAUCAUCAACGGGUUGAUAAAGGCUUUCAUCAGGAAGGGAAAUCAUUGUCUGUGUUUGUCAAGAAUUUACCAACUACGGUACCAAUUCAAGAUAUUGUUAGAGAGUUUCAAAACUUUGGAACAAUCAAGCAAGGUGGAGUGGUUUUGAGAAUGGGCGAGGAUGUUGGCAUCUGCUAUGCGUUUGUUGAAUUUGAAGAUGUCCAGGGUGUUCGCAAUGCACUCAAGGCUUCUCCAAUAAAAUUAGAUGGAAGGCAAGUCUACAUACAGGAGACGAGACAAGUCAACAAGAACAACACUUCACGUGGGAGAGGCGGUGCAGGAAGAGCAGGAGGUCGUGGGAGACCCUUCAUUUGGAAGGGGAGCUUAACAACAUAACCCUCUGGUUAUGACUGGGUGAAGAGUAAUGGCUUUCAUGCAACUUGGUACCGAAAAUUGCUGGCCUUUUGUGAGUAGGGUUAUAAAAGAAGGGAAUAAUU